CGGAGCGCAAGGACAGCUGGUUGGCGGUGGGGGGGCUUGAAUCAUAAAGAGAAUCAGAAAGAAAUAAAUAAAUAAAAAGUAAAUAUAAAAAUAAUAAUACUAAAAAUAUCAAGGGAAAAGAAGGAGUUCUGCCAGAGGAAAAAAACAAAAAACAAAAACAACAGCGUCAGAGGACUGGGGAAGAAAAAAAAAUCAAAUAUAAGGACAGAGAAGGAGGCAAGAGCGAGGGAGGCUGCUGCAAGAGGAGAAAUAGCAACAAAAGAGAACUGAACUUUCCUGGACGUGAGGACUUCUGGACACCAGCUAACUGCGGUAGGUCAGAUAGAUGGUUUGUCCACAGCGCUGCCCGGAUCAUGAACGCACAGCUGUCGAUGGAGAAUAUUGGCGACCUGCACGGAGUGCAUGAGUCCGUGGCCGGUCACGGAGAGCUGCUGAGUGGCCACAGUCCACAUUCCCGUCCGAGCCCCCGGGGUCUGAGCCACCGCGCUAUGGGCAUGGCGACCCUGCUGGACAGCGGAGACUAUCAUCCCAGCCACGGACACCUGCAUCCCGCCAUCAGCAUGUGUGAAGCCCCCCCUGGCAUGAGUGCGAGCAGCACUUACACCACCCUAACGCCCCUGCAGCCCUUACCCCCCAUCUCCACCGUGUCCGACAAGUUUCCUCCCCAUCAUCACCACCACCACCCCCAUCCCCAUCAUCCUCACCCUCACCCGCACCAGAGGAUCCCCGGAAAUGUCAGCGGCAGCUUCACGUUGAUGCGCGAGGACCGGAGUCUGGCGCCUAUGAACAGUCUGUAUCCCGCAUAUCAUCACAAGGAUCCCUGCAUGGGCCAGAGCCUCUCCCCGCUGUCCGGCUCCGGUCUGGCCAGCAUACACACGACCCAGGCCGGCAUCCCUCCCUACGCUCAUCCCGGUGCCGCCAUGCCUGGUGAGAAGAUGCUCACCCCCAGCGGGUUCGAGGCUCACCACCCGGCCAUGCUCGGCAGACACACGGAGCAGCACAUGAGCUCCUCGGCGGGCAUGGUACAAAUCAACGGCCUCCACCACCACCCGCACGCCCACCUUGGCGCGCAGGGGCAUGGCCAGGGGCUGGGGAACAGCCGGGAGCAGGCCUCCGGGCCCGGGCAGCAAGGGGGCGGCGGUGGAGGGGGUGGUGUUUCUGGGGGCCAGAUGGAGGAGGUGAAUACCAAAGAGGUGGCGCAGAGGAUCACCACGGAGCUGAAGCGCUACAGCAUCCCUCAGGCCAUCUUUGCCCAGCGGGUCCUGUGCAGGUCCCAGGGGACCCUGUCCGACUUGCUGAGGAACCCCAAACCCUGGUCCAAGCUCAAGUCCGGCAGAGAGACCUUCCGCCGCAUGUGGAAAUGGCUGCAGGAGCCUGAGUUCCAACGCAUGAGCGCGCUCAGGCUCGCAGGUGAGCGAAGCCUCGCAUGCAAGCGAAAGGAACAAGACCACGGCAGGAGCGAGCGGGGGAACAUGACCAAAAAGCCUCGGCUGGUGUUCACAGAUGUGCAGCGGCGAACGCUCCAUGCCAUCUUCAAGGAGAACAAGCGUCCAUCCAAAGAGCUGCAGGUCACCAUCGCCCAGCAGCUGGGCCUGGAGCUGGCCACGGUCAGCAACUUCUUUAUGAACGCACGCCGCCGGAGCCUAGAUAAGUGGGUGGACGACGGCUCCGGUCACUCUGUCAACUCUGGCCCCAACGCCUGCACCAAAGCCUAGAAGACGGACUGAUUUGACCCCAACUCAUGGACUGACUCAACCUCGGUGGAAAAGCUUUAAAACUUAAGAGAAACAAAGAGAAACUUAAAACAAAAAAAGAGAGACCUUGAAGCAACGUUUUGCCCUUAAACCUGUACUAUAUUGAUAUUUAUAGUAUCCAAAGAUGAAAAAAACAAACCAAAGACUUCUUGUUUGACCUGCUUUGAAAUGUUUGUUUCAGCAACACGUUUAUGUGUAACAUACUGCAAAAAGACUAUAGUUUUA